CGACAUCGACAUCUCACCACACAGCACUCUCUUGCGACAAACACCAUCUAUCUUUGCAUUUGAAAGAUAGAUCAGGGUCGCAAUCAUGGCUGUCGGCAAGAACAAGAGACUUUCGAAAGGCAAGAAGGGUCUCAAGAAGAGAACCCAAGAUCCCUUUACCCGAAAAGAUUGGUAUUCAAUCAAAGCUCCUUCGACCUUCAACCAGAGAGAUGUCGGAAAAACCCUCGUUAACCGAACAACUGGUCUGAAAUCCGCCAACGAUGCCCUUAAAGGCCGAAUCUUCGAAGUCAGCUUGGCCGAUCUACAAAACGAUGAAGACCACGCCUUCCGCAAAGUCAAACUCCGAGUCGACGAAGUCCAAGGCAAGAACUGCCUGACCAACUUCCACGGUCUCGACUUCACCUCUGACAAGCUCCGAUCGCUCGUCCGCAAGUGGCAAACCCUGAUUGAGGCCAAUGUCACCGUCAAGACCACGGACGACUACCUCCUGCGAUUGUUCGCCAUCGCCUUCACCAAGCGCCGCCCCAACCAGAUCAAGAAGACCACAUACGCGGCGUCGUCACAGAUCCGGGCCAUCCGCAAGAAGAUGACCGAGAUCAUCCAGCGUGAGGCUACCAGCGUUACUCUUGCCCAGCUUACUGGCAAGCUCAUCCCCGAGGUCAUUGGUCGUGAGAUCGAGAAGAGCACCCAGGGCAUCUACCCUCUUCAGAAUGUGCACAUCCGUAAGGUCAAGCUGCUCAAGGCACCCAAGUUCGAUCUCGGUGCGUUGUUGGGUCUGCACGGUGAGAGCACGCAGGAUGACUCCGGUGCUAAGGUUGAACGGGAGUUCAAGGAGCCGACACCUUUGGAGAGCGUGUAAAUGGAAAAGUCAUCACGGGGUGCGGAGUUAGAAGAAGACAUGAGGAGAAAGACCACACAACAAGAGACGAGGCUUCGUUCUUCCUGCUAUUUGAUCGGUAGGACAUGGGUCGGAAUUAUGCUAGUCAACAAUGAGGAUGGAGGAUGAAGACGGCUUUGCUUACGACGGCUUUCAUGCUUGUUUUCAUCAUGCCCUGACGGCGCAAAUGAACAGGAUUUGCAUAAGGGAUAUGUUUAUGCUAGAGAUAGCACGGCAUAGCAUUUUGCAACAAGACAAAUCAAAGUUGAAAAUCUGAUCCAUGUGCCUUGGAGAGCAAUUGUGGUGAUGAAUUACUGCUUCUUGCGAAUUCCAUGUCUGUGCU